CAGAGCACUGUUUGAAGCUAGAAAGUUGGCAGGGUCUGCCACGUAAAAUAAAACAGUAUGAAAAUGUAUCAUCCUUUAAGGUCACAUUGUUUAUUCAGUUUAGUGUGUUUAGGCAUAAAAAUCUAGGCAAUGGAGAUCUUUUUCAUCUGCUUAAAAUGUAUUUCACCUUAAAUAAAGUAAUUAUACAGCUGCAAAAUUGAUAAAAAUCUAACAUUAAAAAAACUUACAUUCCUCCUUGCAUUGCAUUCAAAGUUGUGUUGGUGCUUUAGUUAAUGAGCAGAAUCACUGCUGUGUGCUGUGACUGAAAGCCAGAUAUCUGUAAAGUCGUUAGCUCCACUCGGGUCCAGCGCUGUCAUCAUCAGGUAACCAGGGUAACGUCAGCGAGUUGUAGCAUCCAGCUAAUCAUCUACGUUAUGCUAGCCGAACCGCUGUGCUAAUAUUUCCUGCCCCCGUGACCUCGUAAGUCCUCAGACUCCUGAAACCAAACAUGCUUCACAUUAGAGGUGUUUUCACGGUAUCUGCGUUGGUUAACUUUUAUUCCACACCGUGUGAUCUGAUGCAGCACCGCGUGAGUGAAGAUCGCAUAUCAGUGACGUCGCCCUAAUGUUAUCCAGUUAGAUCGCUGGAUGCAAACGACCGUUGAUGACGCUACAGCAGGUUUUUUUUUUUCGUUUUUUUUUCUCCCACCCACUGGUCGUCCACCAUUUUGGGAGUCAAAACAGCCAACAAAUAGCAGCGCACACCUCCACGCUUCUCCGUAGCCUUACUAUGGUUCACACAUGUGUGGUGGCAGGCUGUAGGAACAGAAGGACACCGGGCACCACCUUAUCUUUCUACCGUUUCCCCCGGGACCCCGACAGGAAGCAGCGCUGGAUAGCUGCUGUGAAUCGAGAGGGCUGGGUGCCGAACGACGGCAGUCGGCUGUGUAGUACUCACUUCAUCUCAGGUACCGUGUGAGUGCAGAGCAGGGCUGGAACAAGAAGUAUCUCACGGUUUGUUGUGAUCCGGGUCAGACCAAUGUUGCUGGAACUUCACAUAGAGAUAUUUCAUUAGAGAUUCGACAUGCGCUUUAUUCGGUUUUGAUAUGGGUACAUUAGUAGUAAAUAUGUAAUUUAGAGGGUACAGUGGCGUCACUGUGGCGUAAUUACAAUGGGUGGUACAUUUCAUAUGUGAAUGUUUUCGUAACUAUCAAGUUGUGCUCAUUAUCGAUUCCAGUUAUUAUUAUUUUAUUAGUCAGUAAUUAACUCUAAAGUUAUCAGAACCGAAGUGACGUCAUGAACUUAGCCAAGCUUACGUUGGCGACCAACGAAAAACCUCAAAGCGGUUACUUCAAGUAAGAAAACCAAAAUGUACUUGCAGCUGUGAGCUCUAAAGUAUAACGAUUAAUUGAUAAUCGAACUUGAUGCAAAAGGUAUUUGUAUUUCAUUAGUGCAAAUAUCCGUGACUGUGUCAGUUCUGCUUUCAGUUUAUUCGGGCAGAGGACGUUAAAAAGCUGUGUGGUUAAAGGUGGAUGAUUGCGUCACACUCCAGACAAAUAGGGGGCAGCAAAUCAGCGGUCUAGCAGCUGACUGUAUUUUCUCUAAGCAUCCGUGACUGUAGCUGCCAAUCGCUAGUUAGCUCAGUUUGCCAUGCAGUUAGCCGACUAGAGGAGGAGGGGGCCGCCUGGAGGUGUCAUGGCACUAUAACUGGAGCUGGACAAGCAGGCAGCAGAAUGGUAAACAGGUGAAGAAUCCACGUUCGCCAGAUUAUGUUCCUUCUGUGUUCACGACAGCUCCCUUGUCCCCAGAGAUGAAAGAGCCAGGUGCCUUGGAGGUCCUGGACAAGCAGGAAGCACGUGUGGAGGCAGCCAACGCCUUGUUGUUCCUGCAGGGCCAGGGUCGGUCUGUGGUGGGGGAGCAGGGCCAAGAAGAGCAUCCAGUGGAGAAGGAGCAGGAAGCCAUAGUGGAGGAAAGCGCAUCUUCUUCCCUCAGCACUGAUGAAGAUGAUGACGAGGAUGAUGAAUCUAUGAGUGACUGCAAGAAGGGAAGGUUCGCUCAGACGUCUGAUGCACCUGUUAACUUUGACGACAUCCUGAAAGCCCUGAAGAAGGAGAACCAGGCCCUCAGGGAGUCUGUGGAGAAAAUGUCUCUUUCUGAGAGCUCCUUGAGGAACGAUGCAGAGAAAGUAAAAUUUUACACCGGUUUACCCAACUACUUCGUCCUGGAGACAGUCAUGUGGCUGCUGGCACCUCACAUGGACUCGAUGAAAAACGUUAAGCUCUCCAAGUUCCAGCAGUUGCUGCUGACACUGAUGCGACUCCGUCUGGACCUCCGCAACCAAGACCUGGCCUACCGCUUUGGUGUGAAAGUCGGCACAGUAACCAGGACAGUGCACCAGAUGGUGAGUAUCAUGUCUGCCAAUCUGGUGCCGACGGCCGUCUUCUGGCCCUCUCGAGCCGAGCUCCGGAAAAACCUGCCAGCAGCUCUGCGCGCCUCCCACCCCGACUGCGCUGUCAUCAUAGACUGUUUCACUGUGCCCUUUGAGGAGCCGGUUUCCCGGGGCAACCAGCAGCAGCAGCAGCAGCAUAGGGUGGUGGCAAGCUCACAGGGGGCAGGGAUAAGUUAUAAUGUGUUAAAGUAUCUAAUUGGUGUGGCUCCACAAGGUGUCGUCACCUUUGUUUCUAGGGGCGUGCUUGGAAACGUCAGUGACAAAAGCCUGGCUGAAGGCUGUGGCCUUCUGUGCAAGCUCCUCCCAGGCGAUGUCGUGUUGGCAAGUCGGGAUCUUGACAUUGCAGAUUCUGUGGCUGCUCGAGGAGCCCUGUUUAAAAUCGCCGGCCGUUACCAAGGAACAGCGUACGAGGGCUCGGAGGGCUCACCGCCUGCUGAUUGUUCCCCUGAGACAGUGAGUGUGCAGAGGCAUGUGGACAGGGUGCUCUCCAUGGUGAAGCAGAGGUACGCCAUGCUCACAGGCCCAGUCGAGAGCCCCUUCACCACGGCCUCUGAGCGCACGUCCAACGUCUCGACCUUUGAUAAGAUUGUGCAAGUUGCCUGUGCCUUAAACAACCUGUGCAUCUCUGCUGCUCCACUAGAGUGACUCAUAGACAUGCCUAGUUCUCCUUAAUGCUGUCAGGCAUUUAAGUUCCCUUUACUGCUUUGGACCUAAUUCCAUGUUCUCCCUGUGUCAACACUACAUGGUUACUGUAGAAAAAUUGAUUUAUCCUAAUCCACUUCAAUUUACACAUCCAGUGUAUGUGUUUGGCUGUCAUCUAGGCCGGUGUUUACUCGGAGAUAAGAGCACUUCUCGCAAAUCCACAAACCACAUUGCUAAGAUGUGAUGUCAUCAAGUUAUGCAACUCAGCUGGCAAAGAAUGGCAGGCCUGCAACGGAUGUUAUUUUCUUUAAUGUGGGCUUUGAAUGACAACUGUGUGAUUACAAUGUACCUUUAGCCAUUUACAAAUACUGAGGUAUGUAAACUGUUUGGGUGGUUCAGACGACUUUCCCACUAAUCCAAUCCUGUGCCAUGCUGGAGUCUGCAGUUUUGGGGUUUUUUUUAGAGCAGCUGACUUCACUGAUUACUCCAUAAACAUGCUCUUUUGUUGCUUUCCUGCUCACAAAUCAAGAACAAUACCAAGUCAAAUAAAACAGGUGAAAAUAAGAACAGCAUGCAUGGGAGAGCAGCACACAGAUAAGAGUUUUUUCUGCCCAUUCGCCAUGCAGGAUAGAAACACAUCAUGGUUAAUGAGGGCUUUGAGGGAUUACUGGGUGUAAACCAACCCCCUUUUUUGGGCACUUUAACACGUUUUUGCCUGCCAGCUAGAUUUUAUAACAAUAGAAUACAAUCACUAUGGGAUGAUUAGCUACCUGUUACCACCCACAGAACAACUUUACUACCAUAUGGCCGGGGCCUGGUGUUAAUUUAUCUGCUGUGUUCGCUGACUUCAUAGAAACAAUUUCCAGGAGUUUUUUCAACAACAGCUUCCUGGUUUACUGCAAGGAACAUGAAAAAGAGGGAAGCGUCAAUACGUCACUGAAUCUCGCUUUGGGGCCAGUCUGGUGACAGCUGUGUUGAUGUCAGGCGGAGAUCCAUGGAGAAACACACUUCAACCCAACAUAACUCCAUCGUAUGACUUCUGAUGAAGAAAUGUCUUCAGGAAAAGGAAAGAACACACUUCAGAGAGGAGUUUACUACCUGUUGUGUUUUAUUUUCUGGGGACAUUUCUUCAUCAGAAGUCAUACGAUGUAGAUAUGUUGUUUUUUAGUGUUUCUCUAUGCAUCUCCCAUAGACUUAAAUACAGCUGGCAGCGCAGCCUAACCCCAAAGAAAGAUUCAAUGGCAUAAUGACCCUUCCUUCCUUUUAGGUUCCUUGGUUUACUGCUGCUUGGUUGUGGAUUGACAGGAAGCCUUGCUGGUAUUAAUGACUUUACACAAAAUAGACAUCCCUUCUUGUAGAAACUUGUCUUAAAAUGACUGAAAUGGGCCAAAAAACAAUAAAAACUACUUCACCACAGGUCAGGAUUAACUAUAAUACUGAACUGAUCGAAUGUCAGGCCAGGUGGAUCCACUCAGUUGUUCCCAUCUAGGCUGUAUAAUUAACAAUGAUGUCAAUAUUUACCACGCCACACUAGUGUUUCAAGAUGUCUGCAGGAUAAGUAUUCCAGUUCAGUGUUUUGCCAAUAUGCCUUCCUAUUUCAUACAAAGUUUUAGAUUAGGGGUGGGUGAAAAACAUCUAUUCAAGUUCUAUCUAUCUUCACUGAAGCAUAAUAUUAUAUGAAUAUAAUAUGAAGAUAUCCAUCAAAUGAGUACAGCAUCUAGUUGGCUACUGUUGUCAUUUUCAUGCAGCGAGGGCAUGCUAGUGUAUGUCAAGUUUGGAAACAGAAGUUGGGGCAUAUUAAAUCACAAUCCCUCCCGUCCAUCUGAAAAGUGUAUGUGGACACCUUCAGGACUGAUGUAUGCUAAAAAGUGACAGAUUGCCCACUCCUGCUCGAGAUCUCAAAAAGACGUUCUGUUGUCCUCCCUGUUUCCAGGUUCCAGUUCCGUAAAUCUGUUUUUGUCUAUUCUCACACAGCAGGGAGCAGGACAAACUCAUAAUGUGUUCUCAAAGAAAAACUUGAUAGUCAGGCAUUUGUGUGCUCAAAUCAAGCCCCAUUCUCUUCUACAUGCUUCUGCAAUUCUCUACAGUCACACUGAAUCAAAGUAUCAUUACAGGUGAUUGAAAGAGGUGUGUUAUAAAAGCAGAGCUUUCCCAAAGGCCACCAGUGAUUUUUUUUCCCCCCUACAAAGACACUGAAGUGUUGUUGAUGAGGUUUAAUGAACACUCGUGUCCACUUUAGCAUCCAGAGAAUGUACAUUUACUUUGUGACUGUGUAAUUCUCGUUGACUCUGUUCAGUACGUUCACUUCUAAAUGACUUUAGCUGUUUUGGACCAUGAGUACAUACCACAGAGAUGUUUCUGUUAGAGUACAGGGCUGGAGGCUAUUUUAAUGAAGCAUUACCCAGCCACUUAAAUGCAUUUUUGAUGUUUUUAACAGAUUGCCAAAUUUAGCUAAGAUAUGGGCUUACAUAUAGUCACAUAAACUGAGGAAUCUCUGUUGAUCUGCAUUGUAUCUUGAGAAAACAUCUGAUGAUGAUUGAAGAGUUAUGUGCGUAAAACAAGACCCUGCUUAUUGAAACAAGUCUUUUGCUGUCCUGCAUUGCUGGUGCCUUAGUUUGUAAAGCUGGUACUGCUGUUACAAAUCAGCCUGUGUUUUCUACAAAUAUUUAUUUUUACAUCGUACAAUAUCCUUUAGACCCUUCCUGGUUGGUUAGUAAGCUUAACGUGCAAAAAUAGUCGGCACUCAAAUGUUAAAUCAAAGCAUCUCUUAUCAUAAUUGAUUUGUGUGUACAGUAGAUGUUCCCAUCAAUUGUUGUUUAUAUUAAUCACCCAUGUAUCAUUUAGUGUGGAUAAAUUCCAAAUGAUGUGAUUAAGUAAUGAUGUGUGGAUUGUUAGUCUCUCUUAGGGGGGGUUAAACAUUUCAACAGUGGUUUGUGCUUUUGGCUCAGGGUCCAGAAUUAAUUUAGAACGGUCUUUCACAUGAUGGGAAUCUUGUUACAACAGAGACUGGACAGGCUCAGUUCUGGUACCACAUGUUGCUUCACAAGCUGUGUGAAGUUCAGAUAGGUCUGCUACGACAGCCUGAAGUGAUGUGCCUUCUGUUCUCAGGCCGCUGGAUGUUCCCCUCCAGGGAAGGCUGUGUGUCUUUCCUGACCAUUUAUGUUUUGUCAUGAGCUCAUAAUGUAUGCUCUUGGGUUUCCUACCACUGCUCACAAAAUCAGCCAAUGAGGAUAUUUCUCUUCUGAUGUAAAAUGUAAUCCCCAAAACUACAUAGUGCACCUUUAAAGGGCAACUCCACCAAUUUCCCACAUUAAAGCAUGAUGACAGGUUUGGGAGAGUACCACUGUGUGUGAGUUAGUGAAAGCUGCACGUAAUCUGAUUAAUUGUCUCCAGUGAAGUCACUCUGCGGCUAAGUUGCAUUGUGGGUAAUGUAGUUGCCAGCUUUUAAAAAGCAGUCCACUGGUCUAAAAUUGCACUCCUAUUAUGGAUGGUUUAAAAACACCAUCAAGUGAUACAGCAGGAACAAAGAUAUGCCUUUUUAUUCCACACAUUCAAAAGGGGGGCUCUUACAAUAUACACAAUGUAACUUAGCCACUGAGUGACAUCACUGGAAGAAAUGUAUCAGAUUACAUGCAGCUUCCUUUGGAGCCACAAAGAGCUUUGUGCUACCUUUUUCACAUGGGUGUAGUACUCCCUCAGCCCUGUAAACACACUUUAAUGUGCAAAAUGUGUGGAGUUACCCUUUACAGGACCUCUUUCAAUUUGUCCUAUUGCUGCUUCUGAGAGCAUAAAAGGCAAAGUUAAUGUAUACUAGAGGAUUGUUACCAGAUGAGACCUGCCAAAUAUUAGUGUUAGGAAACCUUUGUGAGAUGAACGGUGAUUGAAUCUCUGUCACGAUCUAACAGAAAUGACAUGAUGUUUCUUUCUUUUCUUUUUUUUUCAUAAGAGAGUUAUUGAUGGUGAUGAUCCUUCCAGAAAGCUGUCAAUGAUGGAUGUUACAUUUUCAUUUAAUUCAACUCUAAAGUAAACACAGAGCUUCUAUGCUGAGGUGAACACAGCAAGUUAAGACAAACUGGUCAAUGUCCAUGUUCUGUGUGUUUUUUCUCUGUCUUUCUUGCACCUCACACUACACCCGUCUUGCCAUGCUGUUUGCCUUUAUUGAUAUGGGUGCAUGUGCUUCCAUGAUAGAUGUGUAACCUCUAAGGGUUUCAUUUCUUCCUCUGUUUUUCCCAUGAUUGCCUCUGUGACUAAAAAUUAAAGUUUGGGAAAUGCAACAACUUUCUGAUUCUUUCUCAAUACUGUGUGAAUUUUGUGUGUGUGUUUUUUUUUUUAACAUACUUAUGUGGGUGUUUAUAUGUAUUUAGACAGACCCUGUGGAACUUCUGUGUUCUAUGUUUGCAGAGCCUUCACAAAGAAAUCCACAGGCCAAUGUCGUUAAACAACUUCAAUAAAUCGUUUACAGGCUUGUAUAGACAACCGAGAGAUGAGAAUGGUCUCAUUUUUGAUAUCACCUUAAGAUAUUAUGAAUAAAGAUACAUGUAAAGUGCUACACAUUCUUACAUAGAGCCCAUUAAGUUUCACUGUACAUGUGCUCUGUCCCCAGUUGUAUCCAUGUGAUGACAAAUUGUAAAGAACAGGUCAAUAUUUGCAUUCACACUGAUUUGUGGUCUUUGGCUCAUUGGUUGAGUUUCCUUCCAAGGCCAGAGAGGAGUGACUGAAUGUACUGAUAUUUUCUGAUGUAUCAAGGAGAGAAAUGCAUUGGAGGAAGCCCCUCCUAGAAUAUGUGCGGUCAGAGAGGAGGAAAUAUGAAGACGUCUCACUCUGUUUUCUUUUUUAAAGUCACUGUAAAGAGUUUGAGAAUGUAAGCCGUUGGUGCCCUCAGCGGCCUUGUGCAACUUGUGCCAAUUUAAAAGAUGAUGUGUAUUCACAUAAAAACAUUACUUGCAAUGUCUGUAAACUAUGGGAUCCUUGUGUUGUUGA